UUGUAGUCUCUCACAAGCCGUCGACGAAGCAUGAUGGUUCCCAUUUCAGUUCCUCCGAUAGCAAUACUUUUGUUGUCCCUAUUGAGCGCAGUGUGCACAUUUCCAUUCGACUUUGAGAAUGGCCGAACAGAGACAAAUUUAAAGGCCAGUGAACUGGAUUUCCGGGAUGUUCCACCAGCCUUGGUGCUCAACACGGGCGGAGAGAAGCUCCUAAUUCCGUUGCCUUGCCAGUCUCCAAGAUGCGAAAGUCUGUUACUGCGUUUGGCGCAAUUGGGCAAAAUUCCCUGGUAUUACGUGGCGGCGGGUCUUCCAGAUCUCGACAUACCCGUGGACCAAAUCCAACCCCAGCAAGAGCUUCUUCAAGAUCGGCCAUUUCCAAAACCGAGUCGAACCUCUUUUCCUUCGAUUUUGGACCAGUCUCACCAUUAUUACCGUCAAAAUAAUCAUAAUCAUCACAAUAAUAAUCAAGACUAACCCUCUGUCAAGUGACGGGAAUUCUUUCGACGAAGAAAGAGACGAUGGAUAUGCAAGCAGCCGCUUUUUAUCCCUGUAUACAACCAACCAGCCGAGUUGCUCACUUCACGGAGGCACCUCAUCGACAACAAAACCAUGGCCCCAUCCACUAGUUACUACCAUGACUUUGAUAUUGGGUCAGAUUGCACUCUCAGAGAUCAUUGUUGAGUCAAAAAGCAGAGAUUUGUGUAGUUUGAAGAAAUUCCUAAUGAUAAUAAAGUAUUUUUCCUCUAGUUCUAAA